CCGGCAAUGAUGUCAACGAUAUGGAACUUGCCCAUCGGUACUACGGAGCUACUGGACUGUCCUGUAUGGGUCGGGGUCGGGUCCAAGCAGCUUGUUUGGUUGGAAUGUUGCCAAACUCUCCUUCGACCACGACUACCUACAGUACCCUACCUCCUACCAGGCUACCUGUACCUUGUGCAUUCUGGCCGCUAGGAGGAGGAGGAGGAGGAGGCGGCGGCCAUGUCAGCAGCUCCCGUCUACUUCACCUGUACCCUGGGCCAGGCGGUGUUGUACAGGACGGCCGACAAAUUCACCAACAUCAACGAUUUCAUUCAGGAUACCGCUGACACCCUCCCCCACGCCCCUGCGGUCGGGUUCUGCCAUCCCGCCGGUCCAGAUGUCUCUGAACAAUGGGGCCAUACCGUGCUGUCCUUUGCAGAAGUCUUGCAGGGCUCCUAUGCCACCGCGCAGAUCAUAUCUGAACGAAUCAGCAUACCGGAACGGGAGACUGUCGCUCUACUCUGUCCCAGCACAGUCGAAUUCCUGUUCACAUGGCUGGCCUUGAUGCGACUCGGCCAUCCGGUGUUAUUGAUCGCACCACAGUGCCCCGCCAGUGCUGUCGCAAGCCUGAGUCAGCAGUGCAACGUCAGAUAUAUAUUCUACGAUGACAUGUACCUAGACCUUGCCCAAGACGCUGUCAAGCAUACAGAGGCCGCAGAAUGGCGUCUGGAACACCACCUUUUGCCUUUCGCUGCUGGUGGCUUGGACCCAUACUCCUUGGCUCGAAGAGCACAACAGCGAAUUCCGCGUGCAUUUCCUGUAGGAAGUGACGACGUUGCCUAUCUACAUCAUACAUCCGGCACUUCAUCUGGCAUCCCGAAGCCCAUUCCACAGACCCAUUUUGCGGGUGCCGGUGCCUGUCCUCGACUCGACGGGUCUGGGCACGCAACCUUCACCACCACACCUCUAUACCAUGGAGGCAUCGCUGACCUCUUUCGCGCCUGGACAAGCAAUGCACUCAUAUGGUUGUUCCCUGGCAAAGGUGCCCCGAUUACCGCGACCAACAUCAUCAAGUGCUUGGAAAUUGCUCGGACCGCUGACACGCCCCCUGUCGCAUACUUCUCAUCCGUGCCCUACGUGCUGGAAAUGAUGGCCUCUGACGACAGAGGACUGCAGCAUCUUCAAGCCAUGGACAUCAUAGCCGUCGGCGGUGCAGCGUUGACGUCUGAAGUGGGCGACCGCCUGGUGAGGCAAGGCGUCAAUCUCACUUCGAGGUUUGGAAGUGCCGAGUGUGGCUUCUUGAUGUCGUCCCAUCGUGAGUACGAAAGAGACCAAGCAUGGGACUUCUUGCGAGCUCAUGGAGAGCUCAGCUUUGAGCCGCGAGAAGGAGGUCUAUACGAGCUUGUGGUGCCCCCAAGCUGGCCGCACAUCUCAAAGACAGACAAAGUCGGUGACGAUGGAUCCUUUGCAACCUGCGAUCUGUUCAGGCCACACGCGAGCAUUCCUAACGCUUGGCGAUAUGAUUCUCGGGCUGAUUCGCAAUUGACGUUGGUCACUGGCAAGAAGUUCGAUCCUGCGCCGCUCGAAGACGCGAUUGCCGCCAAGUCAAUAUCGAUACAAGAUGUCUUGAUCUUUGGCGAAGGCAAACCAUACCCUGGCGCCUUGCUUUUCCGUUCCGCUCAGGCUGCCGAUAAAUCUGACGAUGAGCUGUUGAACGAAAUCGGCCCUCAGGUCGAGGAGCUCAACCGUGGGAGCCAGCAACACGCUCGAAUACCGAGCAGUACCCUCCUCAUGAUGCCCUACAUUGAAACACCGCUACAGAAGAGUAGCAAAGGCACAGUGAUGCGCAAGCUGGCAGAAGAGCAGUACGCGUCAGAAAUCAAGGCAGCAUAUGAAGGAUCGUCGUCGGGAGGAAGCAGUAUCGCUGACGUGGAGGUCGAAUCAUUUGUGCUUGAUGCCGUACGUGCUGUAAUGAGCUCUUCAGACAGUCCAUCUGCUUCACUACAGUCCGAUACCGACCUCUUCGCCUAUGGUAUAGACUCGGUAGCUAGCGUUCAAAUACGGCAUGCUGUUUCAAGACUGUUACCGGAGACCUCUGGUCGACUGCCUUUGACUAUUGUUCAGGACACUGGAUCUGUCCGCAAGCUGAGCCAGGCUCUAAUCGACCUGCGGCAUGACCGCAAAGUACCCCAAGCAGGAAUGGAAGACCCUGCUGAGCUGAUGCGCGGGCUCGUGCAACAAUACAGUUCGCUCAACUCUGUGAGCAACCCUGGAUCAAGCGAUUUGCCUACUCCACCUCCAACGCCUGCUUGGCAAAAACACACCCCGGGCAAGAUUGCGCUACUCACCGGUCCAACAGGCUCGCUGGGAAGUCAGCUUCUAGGCCAAUUGAUCAAGUCCCCGGAUGUGUCACGCAUUCAUCUCCUCCUUCGAGGGGCUUCACGAUAUGCGGCCGAAGAACGAGUAAGGAAGGCUCUUUCUUCCAGACGGAUAUCGAUAUCCGCGAAAGAUUAUCCCAAGAUAAAAGUGCAUACCUGCUCCCUGUCCGAUCCCCAUUUGGGUCUCUCGGCGCAGACGUAUACAGAACUUGCGCAAGAGGUUGAUCUCAUCUACCAUAUGGCCUGGGCUGUGGAUUUCAUCCUGCCUCUGCCGGGUUUUAGACAGCAUUUUGCAGGUCUCCAGGCACUGCUCAGCUUGGCUCUGGCACACUCCAAGUGGACUGCACUGUGUGGGCGUCCUAUUCCCGCAAAGCUCAUCUUUUGCUCCAGCACUGCUUCUGUUGCUUCUUACGACAGGAUUCACCCGGGCAUCGAAGUCCCCGAGGAGAUUGUCAACCACACCACGAGUAGUGGCAGCAUCGGCUACUCUCGCUCGAAGUGGGUGGCAGAGAACAUCUGCUCCCAGGCUGUCAUGGCACACCCGGAACUCCGUGGUGCUGUCAGCGUCGUGCGAGUCGGACAGCUGAGUGGGGACUCUGUGCACGGCGUCUGGAAUAAGAGUGAAGCUUACCCACUCAUGAUCUCCAGUGCCAAGGUGACCGGGUGCUUGCCAGCCCUGCCGCAAGAGAGUGUCGGCUGGUUUCCUGUUGACCUCGCUGCCGAGGCAUUUGUGGAGCUGGGCUUGAGUGGCCUCGAGAUGGCUAGCAAAUCCGUGGUUGGUGAUGUGCGAGUGGUGCACGUACUCAACCAGUGUAGCACACCAACCUGGCGCGAGCUGCUCGAAUGGCUUUCGAAAGAGAGCAGUUUCGAGGUGGUAGAGCCAUCCGAAUGGCUCACUCGCCUUGAGGCAUUAUCACAGUCUGAGAGUGAGAGCAAGAAUCAGCAUGCAUGUCUGAAGCUCCUAGAGUUCUGGAAGACAGCCUAUGGAAGUCUCCCUGAUGAUGACGCUUUGCAACGGAAACUCACAUAUAAGACGGCAGAGUCGCUGAAAAGUAUGCCCGUCUUGCGUUCUGUGAAGCCUGUAGACGAAGAGUACGCACGGAAGCUGUGGAGAUGGAUAGCGGAGAACAAUUGAGCAUACGAUGAGUUGGACCGUGCUGCAUGAUCUGGUCCUCAGGCUCGAGAGCAUUGAAAUUUGCUGCCACAGAGUGUCUCUACUUCUACCUACACACAUACCAAAACUUCACUGGUCAGGAUUGCAACUAUCGAGAAGUGAUCCAAUCACAUAUCACGUUCCGCAAAUUCGAAAAGGAAACAUUUGGCGUUGAAUAGAAGUUUUUUCACUGCUAAUUGAGAAUGGACGACUUGGUGCGUGUUGUUGGUGUGGUUGAUCGCUUGGGGUCUGAGGUUGAGGCUGAGGUUGAGGCUGAGGUUGAGGUUGAGCAGGGAACAGAGGCAGAGGCAGAGGGAGAGGGAGAGGGAGAGGGAGAGGGAGAGGCAGAGGGACAGGCAGACAGGGAGGCAGAGGGAGAGGCAGAAACAGAAACAGAGGCAGAGGCAGAUACAGAUGCAGAGGCAGAGGCAGACUCAGACUCAGAAACAGAUACAGAGGCGUGGGCAGAGUGGGCAGAGUGGGCAGCGUGGGACAUGGUGGAACACCUCCGCGCAGUUCUUGUCGAGCAGAUCUCUCUCGCCGAGACUGACGAGCUCCUCGAGAGCGAAGAGGAAGAGCCGCCCACUUUUAACGAACGUUUCCUCCGCUACGAAUUGAGCCAUGAGGGCCAAAUGGAACUCAUGGAGACUCUGGGUGGUCCACUUAACAUGCGAUUGCCACGUCGACUCCUCAGAACCUUGAAAAGGGCCUGGAAAGACUGGGCACGCCUUGAAGAGAUUGAGAGGGAAUUAUUGUUGUAGCGACAAGUAAGGUUGUCUGGGGAGAAGCGUGUACUGAUAGCUCCCAUCCCCCCUCUCAAAAUAAAGAAGCCCAUGAGAGGCUGUUUCUUC